CAAAGCUUUUGCCUGUCUGCUGCCAGGAUGGGAGAAACAUGUCUAGCAAGAAGCUCCAAGUAUUUGUACUUCUCCCUGCUUGGCCUCAUUUUCCCCUUCUUUCUUCAGUCUGUAUUGGGACGGGAGCUGAAGUUUGUGCUUGUGAUUUAUCGGCAUGGUGACAGAAGCCCUAUUGAAGUCUAUCCUACCAGCCUACACAAUGAAAGUGAAUGGCCACAAGGAUUUGGACAACUAACUAAGAUUGGAAUGCAGCAGCAGUAUGAGCUUGGACAGUACUUGAAGAAGAGAUACUCGAACUUCAUAAGCACUGCAUAUAAACGAGAGGAGAUUUUGAUCCAGAGCACCGAAACUGAUAGAACCAUUAUGAGCGCACAAGCAAAUCUUGCUGGUCUGUUCCCUCCUAGUGGCGAUCAAAUCUGGAAUCCUAAAAUCAUUUGGCAACCCAUCCCGGUACAUGUUGUACCAAAGGCAGACAAUCCGAAAUUACGCUUUCCGAUGUUUAAUUGUCCACGCUAUAAGAAACUUCUGAGGGAAACAAUGCGAUCAAAUGAAUUCCAGGCCAAAAUUCAGCCAUACAAGGAAUUUAUGAAAACUAUUGCUUCUUAUUCAGGAUAUGACCCUCGCACUCUCAUCUAUUUGGACAAUUUCAAAAUGUGGCAUGUACAGGAUACUUUAUUCUGUGAGUCUAUUCACAAUUAUACACUACCUGUGUGGGCUACUCAAGAUGUGAGGGCCAAGCUGGCAGAGCUGACUGUGUUAUCCUUGUCAUCAUUAUUUGGCAUUUACAAAAGAGAAGAGAAGGCUCGGCUGCAAGGAGGUCUCCUUGUGAAAGCAAUUCUUGAAAAUCUAUCCAGGGCUGCUAAGAAUUCAGAGAAAAGGAAAAUGCUAGUCUAUUCUGCACAUGACACCACACUUGGUGCCCUGCAGAUGGCACUCAAUGUUUACAACGAAAGGCUGCCACCAUAUGCAGCUUGCCAGAUUUUUGAACUGUAUCAAGAAAAUAACGGAGAGCAUACCAUUGAAAUGUAUUUUCGGAAUCACACUGUGAAAGAUCCCUGUCAACUCACUCUGCCAGGCUGCUCAUCUGCAUGUCCUCUGUCAAAGUUUGCUGAACUGGUUACUCCCAUCCUGGUAGAAGACUGGGCCAAUGAAUGUCGUCAGAUGGGGGGGGGGGGAAAGAUAGGUAAUAUCCUUAGCUAGCCACAUAAGAUUAUCCAAGUGGAAGUGGCUGGAAGUUGUAUAUUGACCUCCAAUAUGAAAUCAGAUGGAAGCAGAUGUUUGUUCAAGGUAAAAGGGUCCACAGUUCAGAGUGAGGGCAGUGCUACUCCAAUAAGUGCUACUCCAAUAAGCAUUUCAAAUUGGUUUUGUUUGCCUUCAGUUAUAUCAUCACAUAGUCAGAUAUGAUUGGCUGUGUUGCAUUUGAUUUCAUUACAUGAUUCCCCAAUUGGCUGGUGAUCACCCCAAAAAUACAGUAAUCAAAAGCCACCAAUUUUUUUUAAAUGGUGCCAAUUGUGGCAUCAUUAAGGAGAGGAAAAAGUAGCAGUAAACUUGAAUGCGGGGGAGCUAAGCACACAUACAUUUCAGUGUUCGACCCUCCCCACCUCCCAAAGCAAUACUGUUAGCUCAAAACUCAAAAUUAGCAAACAUUCAACACUGCCCAAAUAUAGACUCAUGUAAACCAGAUGAGGAUGUCACAAAAGUGUCAUGGACAUCCUCAGGGAUGUGAAAUAGCUAGGCUGUAUCCUCAUAGUCCAAGUAGAAAUAUCGGCAAUAGUGCCAAUAGUGCACAGGGGGAUGCCCCCUCAUCCCAAACACCUGUUUAGUUGUGUAACUGAUUUUCUGACAGUGUACAUAAGCUUGGUAGCUGAACUGGGAGACAAACUACAUGUGCAGCACUUGUUUAUCCAUGCUGUUGCUCAUUGAGCUAGAAACAUUCUGAAUCCACUUCUCCAUUUUUAUAUUUAUUUUUGUAUGCCUCUAUUUCAUUUUUUAAAAAAUCAUCAAAGUGGUUUACAUAUGGGACAUUAGACUACAUAAUCUAUGGCUCACCAACGCUAGAGUUGUCACAGUGGCUUUGACAUGACUUUUCUGGAUUUAAUUCAAUCAAUCUUUAUUUGCGGCCAAAGACCCAUACAACAAGAUUAGAUACAGAAAAGGAAAAUUAUAAAAUACAUAAUUAAAAUUCCAGCUUAACAAGAAACUAAAACUCUUCAAGGUUAAAAGAAAAAUCAGACAUAAGGUUGUGCUGGCCAUUCAGGAUACAAGGUUAGUUUGUUUAACUUGGGCUGCAUAGAUGAAUUUGGCUACAGCAAUUGUAAGAUUCCUGUUUGUACCGUUUAAAAGCUGCUCUAUCAUCCUCGCAGGGGGGCUGUUAAAAGACCGAUUGAUGUGGGGGUAAAGGAAUUUAGACCAUUCAGAAGAGUAUAUUGGGCAUGCAAGAAGGACAUGAUACAGAGAUUCUAUCUCUCCCACCCUACAGGGACAGGUCCUUUGUGCAUUCGGUAUCCCCCGAAAUCUCCCUUCCAAUACUGCUGAGUUAAUUGAUUGACUCCCCCAAUCCUUUGCAUAGUAUUGUGAAAAAGGCAAGCUUGAAGACACUUUGCUCUUAACUGAAAACGGAAACACAGCUGUGUUUGGUAUUUUACCCAUUACUUAGUAACCAAUCAAUCAAUCAAUGACUUUUCUGGAUUUAAUUGCUAUUUCACUACCCUGAGAUCCAAAAGCCUGGUAUCAGAAAGAUGAAAAGGAUGAGGCUUUGCAUAAAUAUCUUUAAUAUUCCAAUAUUUCCUUGUUUCCUGCAGGAAAAUGUUCCCAGGCAUAAAUAAAUAAAUGAGCAGGCUUUCAGCAUA